AAGGAGCGCCGCUUUCACGACAGUGCGGGCAUAUCUUUUGCGACGGUGUGGGCAGAGCCGUGCGGGUUGUCAUUCACUGGAGCGGGGGAAGAAGCCGGAAGUUCCAGUUGGAGGGGAGGUAGCCGUAAACAUCUCUGGCUGGGGGGUUUGUGAGGGAAGGGGGGGAAUCUGCGCUCUUGGAAUGAUCCGAUUAUAAUCGAGAUGCCCUCUGAUCUCGGCGGCCCCGCCUAAGUGGGAAAGGAAGCGAGGAUUUUUGACGUGUUUCCCCCCCCCCCUCUGAGACAUGAGGCGUUGAGAGCCGGGAGGCCAGCAAUGAACAGGAACAGAAGAGCUCCGGAGCCCAAGGGCCGGGGAGCGGCCAAGGCCAGGCAGCUUGGCUUGCUGGUUGACUUCUCGCCAGAUGGUAUGAUGAUGGAUGUGAAUGACAAUGAAAAUGAUGCUGACCUAGAAGCAGAACUGGCGAUGAUUACUGGACAGAAGCCGGCUGUUAAAGGAAAUCCAAAGGGGAAAGCCCCACUCCCAAUGGAAGCUAUUGAGAGAAUGGCUGCUCUGUGCAUGAAGGACCUUGAUGAAGAAGACAGUGAUGAUAAUGUGGACGAUGAUGACCCAGACUUGAUGGCAGAGCUGAAUGAAGUGCUUGAAGAUGAUAAACCGAAUAUGAAUGUCACUUCCGUUGCAGAAACUAAACCUACGCCUGACAGAAUUUCGCAGUCCAGUACAACAGCUGCAGACGGACUGGAAGGCACUCUGGCAGAGAGGAUUGAGAUGUACAGAUGUGCAAUAGACAAUGCUAAACGAUCUGGCGAAAGCUCCAAGUUGCGAAGAUAUGAACGUGGCCUUAAGACUCUACAAUCAAUGCUUACUUCUGUGAAGAAAGGGAAACAGAUUAAUGAAGAAGACAUCCCACCUGCUGUAGCUUCUGGGAGAAAUAACAACACAACUGCUCCACCCACCACAGAGACCUCAACAUCUUUAAUAGGGGAUCAGUCUUCAUUGAUAGACCUUUCUGUGUCCAGAGAGCAUCCCGUGCCAGCAGCAAAACCUGCAGCGCCUCCUUUGUUACCCAAGCCAAAGAUGUCUGUACCCCAAGUUAUUCCUCCAUCAGUCAAGAGUCAAAGCCCACAGGCACUGCCAGAACCUGCAAAGAUAGAAGCAGCCAUCCCUGUGUCUGCUAACAAAGCAGUAUCAGUGAAUUCCAGCAUGAAAGAGAGUGCAAUGAGCAGACAAAGAGAAUACAAGCUCGCCGCACUGCAUGCCAAACGUAAUGGGAAUAUCGAGCUUGCAACAAAAUACUACCGAAUAAGCAAGAAAUUUGAUCCUUUUCUUGAGGCACUGGAUAGAGGAGAGACCGUGGAUUUCAGUGAGCUGCCACCCCCUUUCGAUGCUGUACCAAAGGACCAACAAUCAACCCCUCCUCCUUCUCAUGUGCCUGCUCCCUCAGUCCCAGUAGCCUCUCCUGCACAGUCAGUGACUGCAUCAGCAAUUCCCCCUCCCCCUAAAGAUGUCAUGGAAGCCCUUCAACAGAGGAUGGACAAAUACAAGUUGGCUGCUGCACAGGCCAAGAGUGCAGGCAAUGACCGGAAAGCGAGAAUGCAUGAACGCAUAGUUAAACAAUACCAGGAUGCCAUUCGAGCACACAAAGCUGGAAGAAAUGUUAACCUCAGUGAACUUCCAGUGCCACCAGGUUUCCCACCACUUCAGGGAUCAGAAAGUAGUGCACACAAUCAGACCAUUGUGGGAGUGCUGGAGAGUGCGAUGAAGCUGGCCAACCAGGAGGUGGAUGAAGAUGGUGACCGUGAGGAGGGUGAGCCAGCACAAAGGACACCUGCUCAAAGACCUUCUCAGCAAGCACCCUCCCGGACAUCAGCACCAAAGGCAUUGCCAGCUGCCCCCAAUGGCUCUGAGAAUCCAGCACCAAAGCAGAUGUCAAACAAAGCUCAGCAGCAGUUGCAGUUCUUGCAGAACAGGAAAAAGCAGUUCAUGCAGGCAGCCCUGCACAAGAAGCAGAAGAAUGACAUUGAGGGAGCAAAAUUGUAUCUUCGGCAGGCUAAAGGCCUGGACCCCAUGAUCGAGGCUGCCAAAGCCGGGCUGCCUGUAGAUAUCACCAAGGUACCAGCACCCCCAGAAAACGAGGAAGACUUUGUGUUAGUGCGACAAAGAGGGGUACAUGUACCCCAGAAAACGGCGGAACAAUAUGGUCAGCUGAUGGAAGUUCUGAAACAACAGUACGAGAAAUGCAUGAAGUACUCCAAGCAGUACACACAUCUUGGCAACGUGUCAGAGACCACCAAAUUUGAGAAAAUGGCAGAUGAUUGCAAAAAGAAUAUUGAGAUCCUGAAGCAGGCACAUGCCCAGGGCUGCCCUUUACCCAGAUACCACCAAGAGGAAAGGACCUUCCAGGUGAUCAAAAUAUUUCCUGACCUCUCAAAUAGUGACUUGAUUCUUUUCAUCGUUAAAGGAAUCAACCUGCCUCCCCCUCCAGGUGUUGCACCAAAUGAUCUGGAUGCCUUUGUCAAGUUUGAAUUUGCCUUCCCAAACACGGAAGAAGCGCAGAAAGACAAAACCAACGUUGUGAAGAACACAAACUGUCCAGAAUUCAAAGAGAAGUUUAAAUUGAAUAUCAACCGAGAACAUCGAGCAUUCAAGCGGUUGGUACAGACCAAAGGAAUUAAAUUUGAAAUACUGCAUAAAGGGGGACUUUUCAAGAAUGAUCGUGUCGUGGGAACAUCUCAGCUUAAGCUGGACAAACUUGAAUCACGGUGUGAGAUUCGGGAAAUCCUGGAGGUUCUGGAUGGCAGAAAGACCACUGGAGGUCGGCUGGAGGUGAUUGUAAAUAUCCGGGAGCCGCUGAGCUCCCAGCAGCUCGAGAGAGUGACAGAGAAGUGGCUCGUCAUUGAUGCUCAGAGCUUGCCAGUGAUUGCAGUUCCAAAGACAAAAGAACGACGGGAUGCUCCACAGGUGGUGAGCGGGAGCAAACCCACCUACCAUCUACAAAGCCUCAACGUACUGAAAUUUGACAAAGAGCGCAUGGAAAAGAAGAUUCUCCUGUGCAAACAGGAGCACAAAGCCCUUCCAGAAGAUCUCCUGAAUCAGCACCGGGACAUUAAACAGCGGAUCCAGUGGCAGAAUUCACAUCUGGCUCAUGGAGACUCCAAAGUUCUGAAAGAGUACAUAGCCCAGUUGGAGAGGUAUUUACACCAUUACACCGACGCAGCUAAGCGACUUGGUAACGAAGGCCAGCGGGAUUUGGCAAAGGAAGCAUUGCACAAGAGGAAGCUGGUGAAUGAGGAGCUGCAGAGAUUCAAACGCUAAAGAUCACAGUACUUGGACUGGUGCUACACCUUCCCUCGCGUUCCAUACUAAACGUUCAUUUGAAGCUGCUUCGCCACACCCUGCAUCUCCAAGGUGAGCCAGCACUAUCGGGGCAGCCGAGUGGCGAAGACCAACUGACGUCAGGAUCUGAUAAUGCCGCCUCCUGGCCCUGAAGCUCCUUGGAGUACCUCAUUCCCCCUGCACACUAGGAUACCAAGCUGCUCAGGGGCAGAACACACGCACUUGGAAACUGCAACACAGAGACUUAGCAAAAUGCCCACAGACUGUGUGACCCUGCACAGGAGAUGCUUGGAAUACUUGUCAAUAGAGGCUGGAACCCAAUCUUGAAGCCACAAAUUGGCUUGCUUUGCUCUCUUAUGUUGCCAGGGUCACAUGAACACUCUUUCCUCCCUCCCUCGCAGUGCCUGACCUCCACCCUGUCUAACAGCAGGAGAUGGUUACUGAUGCAGUACCUUGUCACUUUCUGAUGCUUGAGACAAUCUCCACAUGAAAGGGUUAUUGGGUCCAGCCAUGAACAUACAGUCGGUUCAUAUUUUCAGUACCAGCUGCCCAGAAAACUAGAAUUGGCCCGACCAACCUUAUAUUAAUUCAAAUGUGGGGAUUCUGGAACUUUUACCAAUGCAUUCUAAUCUAAUUCUUUAUUUCCCGAUUAUCGAUUUUCCCCCCAUGAAUGGAUGCGCUUCAGUUCCUGGCCAGCUGCUGAUGUAUUACUCAAAUGUAUAGUAUUUACUGUUUGGCUUCUCAUUUAUUGAAUGGAGCUCUGAGCAGUGAGGGUGCACCUGUAAUGCUGAAAUGUUCACUAGGUUGCAUUACCAGAGGAAAGUUGAACGGCUCCUGGAACCCUUUGGGAGUUAAUGCCCUGCCAGGUUUGAGUAUUGAUCCUGCCAGUUCUGUGCUGAGGCUGCAAGUAUGUUAAUAAUACUUUAAGGAAAAUAAUAAGGAGAAUUGGCUAAAAAGAAUAGACUGGAUUCCGUCUUUAAUCGUGUGACUCAAUGAUACAGGAAGCAGCUGGUAAUGGCCUUGAUAUUGGUAUUAUUGGAUCCAGGAAUGGAAUGGUUUCCCACAGGAUGAUGCAGCUCCACUUUAACCCUAAUGAGUGGGGUGGUUUUAAGAAGGCACAGUUUGUUUUCCUUGGAGCUCUAUCUUAAUUAAAGAACAGUUGACUGAUAUACUGCAGUCCCUGAUUGUAUGCAGCCCAUUCUGUGCAGUGUUGGAGGAUAUACUGUAUGCCAUUUCUACCCAUUGUAGCUGUUUGUCAUUUACAAAAUAUCGCUGGAUCAGGAGCAAUGACUUGUGACUAUAUAAUUUUGAAGACUUUUGAUUAUAUAGUAACUGAAAUGUGACUGUCGUAGUAAGUGGAAGUCCUUGCAAAUGAAUGGCAUUGAGUUUGGGCUUGAGUUUACACAGGACUUUGCAGCCUAUCUGGGAGUGAAGGCUGUUCUCAAUUCCAGGCAAAAGAUGAUGGAUUUCUACCAGCCCUAAUUUUGGGAUGUUCAAUUACGGGCUUAUUAGACAAGUAGACACUAGGGUUCCUGUUAUACUUGGCACAGCUUCAGCCUCUGGUAAGGGUUGUUCAGAUCUUCAGCCUGCUUCUGAAUAAAGUGAUUUUUGAUUUGUUUUUCUGCUUUCCUUUCCUCCUCUGCCAAAGCCCCAACCUACACAUGGGGCUUGUUUCAGGAGCCUUGCUCAGCCACAUUGGAUCCCACCACAGAAUAGAUUCUUUGGGGCAAUGCAGCUCUGAGGUUUGAUCCUAAUGAGAGGCGCGCAUAAGUAAAGGAACCAUUCCUUGCAGUUGUCCCUAACUAAAGAGGAGUGGACUGGUACAUUACAAGCCCUGUCUGCACACCAAUUGUAUAUAGUUCAUUCUGUGUGAGUGUAACUAAUGCCCACCUCUGUUUGCAUGUGUAAAUCCAGUGAGUGAGCAGUUAAGCAUUUAUGUGCUUUCCCCAGUGUGGCCCAAGGUGUUUUGCUGGUUGUGACAGUGGGAGCUGUCACUUCACUGCACCUGCUUGGUACCAGUUUCUGCCUUACCUGCCUCACCCCAAAAAAAUUUAUUUGGAUAUGCUGGUGUCCUAUGACCAGCACAGUGACGCACAAGAGCUGAAUAAAACCACAGAAAUACAGCAGCUUCAUUAAAUCCUGAAGGGAAAAGGAGCAGCAGGAACUGAGACACUGGCCCAGCCACCACACAAUCUGAUUGAAAUCAGAUGGAGGUUUAGCUGGCCUUUUGAUGCUUUCCAACCAUCCGCUUCCUCCCUGGAUGAAGGCGUGCUCACAAACAGGGCAAGUGCCGGGGAGCUCACUGCCACAGUUGGCUUUGUGGCACAAACACAGCCUAGAUUAUUAUCCUAAUAAAUAUUUUUUUAUGAAUUGGUAAUUAAGAGUACAUUAAGUUGCACCAGAAUAUAAAAAGUAUAUUUAUUUAAAGCAAUAAUUUGGCAUUACAGUAAAUACUGAUGGAUAGUGCAUUAUUUCCGAUGGGUGCCCAAGAAUGAAAUGUCUCUAUGUUUAUACACAAACAUUUUAAAAUGAUGUAAAUAUUAGCUGGAAUGAAAGGUGUGGCUCUGUGGGAAUGUUGGAGCAGGAAGAUGGGGUCAAACUACAUCUGCCUCUUUUACUGUAUCUGCUGUUUUACUGCAUUGUUGUAGUGUCGGUCUUGCUGUUAUCUCUCCUUGGGUGCAAGGCUGCUGUGGUAGAUCUGGGUCAGCUUGUUGAGCAGACUUUGGUGCCACAGGAGGUAAUGUCCCUGAACAGCCUUGAGAUUUUAAGAAGGUGUUCUGGUGUUUCCGAGGUCUAUUGACGCUCUGGGUCCCAGAGCAGAUUGGAGCCAUCCACAACUAUCCCUCUUGCAACUAAAUCAAGAAGAGUGAUUCCUCCUUUUACUUGUAUAUAUAUUUUUUGUCUGACUGAGAAGGAGAGGGGUUGAGGGAGGAUUUGAAAUUGCUGAGUAUACCACGUAUUUGUCAGCAGAGAGUCAGACAGCACAGCUGAAGACCAUUUGUUUCUCUGUGCCUGUGUUAGCUCCUUGAAAGAACAUUGGCUCAGAUCCAUUUCCCUGCUCUGUGGCCAUGAAGAUCUUCCCUCUUUUGUUAUUUACCCAAUUUACUUAUUAUUGAAUCUGCUUUCGCUGCCCUCUUGGGCAAUGCCGUCCCCAUCAUUAGUGUUUCUGUGAAUUUAAACUAUUUUUUCCCUCUGAUAUUGAAUGCAAGAUACACUCAGCAGGUCAGGCAGUGUCAGUAGAGGGAAAAACAGCAUUAACAUCUCAGGUCAAAGACCCUUUGCAUCAAGAUCACAAGAUCACAAGAUAAGGGAGCAGAAGCAGGCCAUUCGGCCCAUCGAGUCUGCUCCAAGGAAAAGGGAAAAAGAAAUGGGGUGGGAAAAAAAGAGAGAGAAAAAAAACUAUUCUAAUCCCAUUUGCCAGCCUUAUCCCCAUAUCCCUUGAUACCCUGACUAUUUAGAUAUCUGUCUAUCUCCUCCUUGAACACCCCCACUGAUCUGGCCUCCACUGCUGUGCGUGGCAAGGAGUUCCACAAUUUCACCACCCUCUGGGCAGAUGCUGCCCGGCCUGCUGAGUGUUUCCAGCAUUUUCUGUUUUUAUUUCAGAUUUCCACCAUCUACAUUUUUCUUUUACUUUUGUUUCCUCUCCUUCAUUCUUUGGUCAGUUACCGAAAUGACCCAUGUUGAUGACCCUACCCUCUGCCAGCAGAAAUUAUUCCUAUUUACCCUUUAUAAUCGUGAAUGCCAUUGCCUCUUAAUUGUCUCUAUUCUAAGGAGAACAGUCCCAACCUCUCCACUUUCUCCCUCCUUGCUGGGACUGUGCAUCUUCUACAGAACUUACUCCCUUCCAGAGUUGAAGCCCAACGCUACAGGGGAUGUCUGACUGGUAAUCUUUAGAGAGACAAAAGUCGAAGGUUGCAGAGACAGCAGAACUGAUUUAUUGAGCUGGGUUUCUCUUUAGCCAGGCUACAUAUUUCUGGCAUUUUUGGUUUUCAGUCAAGCAGCUGCUGCUGUGUAGUGAGAGUUCAAGACUGGGUGCAGAAAAAAAAUCAGGUGACUUUGUGUCUGAACGUGAACUUAACCUUACAGAUAGCUCCUCGGAUUAGAGCUUGAUGCUCCUCAAAUGGUGACCCCAUUCUCUCCCCCAGAUAUUCCAGCAAUGGAAGUGGGUGGGGCCGAGACACUGACAGGGAGGGGUCCCACUAUCAGGGGCCAAGGUCUGUCAGUGGGAGGAAAGACCUGCUCCAAUUGGAGGUGGGGUCGGUCGAGGGCGUGGCCUGCACAGGAGGUGGGGCCAGUGGAGGGCGGGACCUGUCAGCAGGAGGCGGGGUUAGUAGAGGGGGAGCCUGGCCAAGUGGAAUAGUCUUCUGGUUGAGUAGCUGCUGGCCUUAGUUCACUGAUAGAUUAAGGAAAGAAAAUCCCUUUGUGAGUAUAAACACUUCAGAGCAGAAACACAUUUCCCAGCACUGAGGAGUGAAUACUAAUCCAAUGAUACAAUGGAGCAAAACCUAUCCAACUCUCAAUGUUCCCCUAGCCUAUCAGUAAUGUUGUUGUGGCUUUGUUUUCAUUUUCUUAAAUUGUGACCACCUCCCUGCACUGAUUAUACUAUCUACAUAAAUAGAGUUCAGAUGUGGGGUGGAGGGAGUGGCCAUUCACUGUAAGUGGCCUGACCCAGGGCAUGGCAUUUCUACAGGUAUUCAGGAGGCUGAUCCUCCUCAUCACAGGGAGUACCUGCCCUAACAAGAACCCUGCAAAAUAGUUGACUAAUAUUACAAGGGAUCAGCUACUCGGAUGAUAAUUGCAGCCAAUUAAUCCUCAGCAUUACAUACGUGGUGUGACUGCACACGGAUCCCAUUGAGAAGUGUUGCCCUGACCGGCCAUUUCCCCCUCCUCCUGGAGUCUGUGGUGUGGAAGCUUUGCACAUUAGGAGAGAGGGCAUCUUCCCAUUCCUCCAUAGGACAUGUGGUGACAGCCUCGGCUGGCAAUUGGUAAAAGGUGGGGACAUGACCUGCCCUACUUUCCAUUUUGGACCAGUUGCAGUUGACGGAUCUCACUUACGUUUCCUGGUUUAAAAAAAAAUACACUAAUAUCCAACUGAGAAAGACCCAAAUAGUUGUGUGUGGGCUUUGGAUGCAUCAAGCCUGCUGAGUUAGCAACUGAAUAAGAUGGGGUUUCUUGCUCUUCAUCCUUGUCUUUGUUUAUGGACUACUUUACACCAACACAUCUGUAUUGGAAACUUUCCCAAGCAAUCAUAACUUGGGAGUGGUAACCUUGGGGGUUUAACUCAUUGGAGAGAGUUUACGACACUGCUCCCUGUGAACCUCCAUGCAUAUAACCAGUAUAAUGCUGUCAUUUUCAUCUCUGACUGAGGCUUUGGUGCUGGGGUGGGAAGGGAGGGUUUUUUGGAUGGGGCAGGAGUUGGGUUGGUGGUGUUCAGAAUUCAGUGAAGUGCCUGCUAUCUCUGUACUGAAUGUUUUACAAUUUGGAAAGUAAUGUAUAAAAUGGAGAUAAUUAUUGACAAUAAAGAGAUAAAUGAAGAUUUAGUAAACAAUUGUUCUUGAUUAUUUGCAGUAGUUUUCUCUUUAUUAGCAACUUCUACCAAAGGGACCUGUUUGGUGUCUCCUCCUACACCUCACACCCACCCUUUGUUUUCUCAUUUUUGCCUAAAAGGCAAGGGUGAAAGAAUGUUUAUGGGACCUUCCUGUGUGUAGUAAGCUGGCACAUUUCAACACUGGUGCUCUUUAAAACAAAAAUUACCUUGGCACUUCUUGAACAUUGUGCAUUUACAAAAGGUGCUAUACAAAUGGGGGUUUGAAGGUUGUCUUAGUAGAGAAAAUGACC